AAUAUUUAGAAAUAUUGGCUACUAUUAGUUCUAAUAAAAAAUUAAAAAAAAAUGAUGGUAGUUCUGGAAAAUUAAUAACAAAUUUUUAUGAAUCAUCAACAAAAAUUGAAAAAAGUAAAAAAGAUAGAAUUGAUCAAGCAUUAAUUAGAUUUUUUAUAUGUUGUGGUAUUCCAUUUUCUACUGUUAGACAUCCAUAUUUUAUAGAUUUUAUUCAAUGUCUUUGUCUUGGUUAUAUUCCUCCUGAAAGAAAAACUCUUUCAUCAACUAUUUUAAGUCAAGAAAUUUCUACUGUUUUAAUUAAAAUUAACAAGGAACUUGAACAUGAAAAUAAUUUAACCUUGGAUGGAUGGUCUACCCCUUUAGGAAAAUCUAUUUAUGCUUUUGUAAUUAUUACACCAAGUAGAAAGCAAUAUAUUUAUAGCUUAGUAGAUGAAUCAAGCAAAUCUCAUACAGGUUCUUUUAAUGCUUCUGAAAUUGAAAAAGUUUUAAUAUCAGUUGGUAUUAAAAAAUUUGCAGCUAUAGUUUCAGAUGCAGAAUCUGCUAUGCAAUUAGCAAAACAAAUAAUUGCUACUAAAUAUCCUUACAUUUUACCUAUAAGAUGUAUUGCUCAUCAUAUUAAUCUUAUAACUUCUCAUAUUAUUAAAUUAGAUUUUGCUAAAAAUGUUUUCACAAAAUGUCAAAAUUUAAUAACAUUUUUUAAAACUUCUUACCGUGCUGGUGCUGCUCUUCAAGAAGAUAUUAUUAAUUCUUUUAUAAAAGGUGGUGGAUUAAAAACUUCAGUAAAAACAAGAUGGUUUACAGCAUGGAAUUGUUGUAAUUCUAUUAUUAGAUUAGAAAAUAGCCUUAAAAAUUUCUGGCAAGAUGUAGAACAAUUAGAAAAUAUACUUGCACCUGCUAAAAGAGCAAUUCAAGCACAAUUAUCAGAAAAUGAUGAAAAUUCUGAUAUUGAUUUAGAAGCAAUUCUUGAUAAGGAACUUCAAAAUUAA